GCCAUGGCUAUCUGCACGUGUUGAACAAGUGACUGUUUACAGUACUUGUUCGUUUUAGACUUCAGCUGGUACAUGCUAACAAAGAACACCAAUAUUGUAGCAGUCAAAGUGCAGAGAUGCCGAAAGUGAAAAAAUCCAGAGGUGGAGGAGGAGGGGGAGGGGAGAAGAGCGGAGGAGCCGUGGCGCUGGCUGACCAGAUCCUGCAGGCGGACACGGUGCGAGCCCGAGGCCGGGUGAAGAGCAGAGACAGUCGGGUAGAAAACGAAGACAAGUACGUAGACGAGCGUCUAUCGAGGAAGAUCUUACAACAGGCCCGAAUUCAACAAGAGGAGCUUCAGACCGAAUAUGGGCUGGCACCAGAGAAGAAGAAAACACCGGUCACAGUUCUCGGGCCUGACUCUCAGGAUGCAGAGUCAGAUGAGGAAUGGCCAGCGCUGGGAGAAGCAGGUGCUGGUGACAGCGAUGCAGUGUGUGACACUGAGGUCAUCGUUGACCCUGACGAUGAGAAGGCCAUUGAGAUGUUCAUGAAUAAGAACCCCCCAAUGAGACGAACCUUGGCUGAUAUUAUUAUGGAGAAGAUCACAGAGAAACAAACUGAGGUAGGAACAGUAAUGUCGGAGGUGUCAGGACAGCCAAUGCCCCAGCUGGACCCAAGGAUAAUUGAAGUGUACAAAGGUGUCAAUAAGGUUCUGUCAAAAUACCGCAGCGGUAAAUUGCCAAAGGCUUUUAAAAUAAUCCCAGCACUUGCAAACUGGGAGCAAGUUCUUUAUUUAACUGAGCCUGAGACCUGGACUGCAGCUGCCAUGUACCAAGCAACAAGAAUCUUCUCCUCCAAUCUGAAAGAGCGAAUGGCCCAGAGAUUUUACAACUUGGUGUUGCUGCCCAGAGUACGGGAUGAUAUCGCAGAGUACAAGCGACUCAACUUUCAUCUGUACAGUGCCCUGAAGAAGGCCUUGUUCAAACCAGGAGCAUGGUUUAAAGGUAUACUGAUUCCACUGUGUGAAUCAGGGACAUGUACUCUCAGGGAAGCCAUCAUCAUCGGGAGCAUUCUCACAAAGUGCUCAAUCCCUGUGCUCCACUCCAGUGCUGCGAUGCUGAAGUUGGCAGAGAUGGAGUAUAACGGCGCCAACAGUAUUUUCCUGCGUCUCUUGCUUGACAAGAAAUAUGCCCUGCCUUUCCGUGUCCUAGAUGCCUUGGUGGCUCACUUCCUGUCCUUCCGCAAUGAGAAGCGUGUGCUUCCUGUGCUGUGGCAUCAGAGUUUACUCACCCUGGCUCAGCGCUACAAGGCUGACCUGGCCUCCGAACAGAAGACAGCGCUGCUGGAGCUGCUAAAGAUACAAACACACCCUCAGAUCUCUGCUGAGAUUCGCAGAGAACUGCAAAACUCAGAGUCGAGGGAUAUUGAAAUUGGGCUCCCUGUUACUGUGGAAAUGGACUGAGGAUUCAGUCUGGUGCAUCCUCAUCCUCUGAUCUUCCUGUUCCGUACAGGCGCAGAUUCGAAGAUGCGAGUGACUCAUUACAUUGUUGUAGAGCUAUAAUUCUGUUCUCCUGCCUGGAUGAGUUCGCACAUUUAAAAAUGUGCAUCAGUGGUAAUGUAGAUGUUGGAACUUCAUAUCACGAAUCCUGCAGUUGCUGUGAAGUGAUUGCUUGGAAAUAAAGUCUGGUAUUUGUGUACAUUUGAUUAAGUUUGAAUGCCAAAAAAAUCUGGAUUAAAAACUGAAUCCUUAA